AUGUUUUUCCACCAAGAUGAAGCGGUUCAGUACCCGUGCACUCCAGUUCACGAGACCAUGCUGACCGAAAGCGAAAUAGAAGACUUGUUUUCUCUCAUUAACCAUUCGACAGACCCGGCUAGCCCGGGGUCCGGUUCCCAGGGUUCAAACCGGGUGGUUUACUCGCCAGAGGAACGAAAGCUGAGACGCAUGCAAUCGAACCGGGAAUCGGCCCGAAGGUCCCGCUACAGAAAGAAGCAGCAUAUAGAGAACCUCACGAGCCAACUGAACCGGUUGAGAAUCCAAAACCGAUUACUCAAAAACCAACUCGCCUCCACCAUGCACCAGAACCUCCUACUAUCCCUACAUAACGACCAUCUUAAAUCCGAAUCCGUUGCCCUUAUGGCCACACUUUCGGAUCUGUGUGGGAUUUUAGGCACCAUGCUUUCACAUUAA